AUGCCCGAGGGACGCCAAUCUCCUCCCCCUGAGCGCCAGACCGGUGCCCAGCAGCAGAGCCCCCCUGCUUCCGGCACAGGUACCGAUGACGCUUCCAACAAGGACGCCGCCAACAAGGAGUCUCUCCAGAACCUCUCUUCGAACCCCAAGGGUCCCAUGGACGACAACCUGAAGGAGAAGUUCGCCAAGACCCAAUAA